CGGGGAUGGUGCCGUGAGGUGUGAUGUCCAGGGUCAGAAAUGCCUUAUGUGGAUCGCCAGAAUCGCAUCUGUGGUUUCCUAGACAUUGAGGAAAAUGAGAAUAGUGGGAAAUUCCUGCGGCGGUACUUCAUCCUGGACACACGGGAGGACAGCCUGGUGUGGUACAUGGAUAACCCACAGAAUCUUCCCUCUGGAUCUCCACCUGCUGGGGUCAUUAAACUUACCUAUAUUUCAAAGGUUAGCGAUGCAACUAAGCUGAGGCCAAAGGCAGAGUUCUGUUUUGUUAUGAAUGCAGGGAUGAGAAAAUACUUUCUACAAGCCAAUGAUCAGCAGGACCUAGUUGAAUGGGUAAAUGUUCUGAACAAAGCUACCAAAAUCACAGUACCAAAGCAGUCUGAUCCUCUCUGCCAAAUGGAUAAUGCAAAUCGUCAAGCUGAAAGCCCAGGUGGAAAGAAGCAAGUCUCUUACAGGACAGAAAUUGUUGGUGGUGUUCCCAUCAUUACACCCACCCAGAAAGAAGAAGUGAGUGAGGGCAGUGAAGGGGCUGACAGGAAUUAUUUGAAGCGUUCACAAAGUCACCUUCCUUAUUUUGCUGCUAAGCAUCCCCCAGAUAAUGCCAUUAUCAAAGCUGGCUACUGUGUCAAACAAGGAGCAGUGAUGAAGAACUGGAAGAGAAGAUACUUUCAAUUAGAUGAAAACACAAUAGGAUAUUUCAAGUCUGAACUGGAAAAGGAACCUCUCAGGGUUAUACCACUUAAGGAGGUCCAUAAAGUUCAGGAGUGCAAACAGAGUGAUAUAAUGAUGAGAGACAAUCUCUUUGAAAUUGUAACAACUUCUCGAACCUUUUAUGUGCAGGCAGACAGCCCUGAGGACAUGCACAGCUGGAUCAAGGCCAUUUCUGGGGCCAUCGUGGCGCAGCGGGGGCCGGGCAGAUCGGCAGCUUCCGAGCAUCCCGAGCCUUCUCCCGAGCCCGGCCGUGCUGUCCGUGCUGCCGGCCCAGCCGCAGGCAGCUCACAUUCCACAGCCCCUCCCAGCAGCCCUGUGGUCCCAGCCCCUCACCCCAAACCCCCUGCCUUGGAGAAGCGAGGAUUUCACGAGUCUUUUACCAAGGCCAGGCCAAGGAGCUACAAGAUCCAGGCUGUCGCUCCAAGAGAAUCAACUUCCAAAGUGACUGAACGGGGCCCCUGGGAACCCCGGAGCAAAAAUGGCACUCAGGAACAGGAUCCUGGCCUUGUGGAUCUGGAUGAUGCAAGCCUUCCAGUCAGUGAUGUGUAGGGAUGGAAGUGUUUGGAGAAUGAUCCAUUUGUUCGGUCCUUUAAUUUCCUUGCUGGGACUUUGAACCAAAGAAAAUUCCAGGAAAUGAGAACAAAAAAAAAAAA